GUAACCAUUACAAAUAUGUUAAUACAAAGGAGCAAGAAGAAUUCAUAACAACAUCUUCUAGAUGCACCCUUUGAGAAGAAGGAUUUAAUGUUGAUCUACACUCUGGGGCCAAACUGGUCGGGACAGGGUUCCAUAAAACAUGAUGUCUGUGUGUGAGAUCCUGUUCAGCUAGUUUGGGCUCAUUAUAUACUUGAAUGAGGAAAGGCAGAGAAAGACUAGUGAACUUUUGAAGCUGAGCAAGGAGCCUAAAUGUCAUGUCUACUUUCUGGAGAGUUCACCUCUAGAGCAGAGGGAGGCAGACAACCCUCUGACCGGUCCUGUAGAACCAAUAUGUGUAGGCUUUUCAAAGAAAUAAAACAGAAACUGUAGCCUACACCCUUUCUGAUAAAUUGAAAGUAUCAGGGCCAUUAUGACAAACUUAUACAGAAUGAAAGUUAAAGUGAGAGCUUAUUCUGUAAAAUAAAAGAGAAACCACAGCUCCCCAUCCAUUAUAGAGUCAUUAAGUUAGUAAGUGGUGGCUAAAAUAAGAGAGGUAUGACAUAUGAGAGCACCACUGACGAUACACCCAGAAAAACGGACAGCGAAGAUAUAGAUGCCCGUCUUGAGGACAUACUUGACGAUGACUUCGAUUCCCUUGAGCUAAACACAGGACAGCUUCCUAAAACGGCAAAGACGAAGUCAUUGCCACAGGCAACAAGAAAGUCGUGUGACCAGCUGAAAUGUAUCUCCUGUGACUUUCGGGUGGCCAUGUUUGACGAUCAUGAAUGGGACCCCUCGUGUGAUUACCUAUUCUUCAGGAGCAACAUGCGAGACUGUCAGAAGCUGCGGGCCAAGCUGAGGAGAAGAAAGGGGGCGCGAGUAUACGCCUGCCAGUGUAGCUGGCACUCUGCUCGAGACCUCACCGACCUGAGAGGACAGCACCAGCUCAAAUGGGUCUGUGGGAAGCAUGACGUGUGACAGCCUUCUUUCUAUCACACACACACACACACACACACAUCACUUUGAAGUUACUUGAAAACCAAUGUCCUCUUGUUAUAGACAUCCCAACACAUAUUUUUCUGCCUUGAGAAUGAUAUAGGUCUUUCUCUGCAUUACAUUUAGUGUGUUCUGGGUUUAAAUGAACACGGUAGGUCUUCUGCUAUCUUUAGAGAUGUGAUUUUAGCUAGCUCAGUUUUAAGAGCAGGUAUAUGUCAGACCAUAUUUGUGUGAAAACGGUACUUAGGAAAGAUGAGGCUAAAUAUAUAUAUAUAAUGUGUGUGUGUAGUAUUUCAGUAUGUUACAUGCUUUUCUGUAGCCUUUCCUUCUCUGUCUUAGUUUCUAUCUCCCUUGUCCUUUUGUUUAUUUCCUCUUCUGUCCCUUUGAGUCAAAUGUGUUCUCUGUUCAGGGAUUCCUGAUCUUACCAUUCAUGUAUUGUGUAUAAUAUGAAGUUGAGAUUAGUGUGGAGUUAAAUGAUGCAAGCUUUUCCUGUUGCAUCUGUGCUAGACAUUUAGACAUACAAUAUUAAACAUAAAAGCAUUACUUCACUCUGACCGCCAAGUAGUUGAUAAAUGAAUCAUAAUCAAA